UUGGCGCUUUUGAUUUGGUUUCUCUUCCUGUAUAAAUAGAGCAACAAAUCCAAUUUCCCACCGAGUGGCUGCGAAGUUCUAAUUUAUUUUUUUAUCCCACUCUCUUGAAAUACCCUAGGAUAACGAAAUGGCUAAGAUUGGGUCCAGGAGAGAGCUGUUAGAUAGAUGGAGAGGCAUUGAGGAAGAAGAAGAAGAACUAAACGACGACGACGACCCAUUGAAACGCCGCCGCCUGCACCAGCUCAAAGAAGAAUGGUUUGCAGAUACGUUUAAUUUUUUGAUUAGUUUGCCUAAAGAAAACCAUAUAUGGUGUGGCUCUUGGGAUUUAAUGGGGCCACUUUUGGAGACAUUCUAUAAUUAUUUCAAAGAUGAGCGUCCUGAUUCUCCUCUACGGCUUAUGUGGAAGAGGAUUUCUCAGGAAUUACGGCAAUGCAUCCAAUGCAUAUGUCAGCACCACCAGGCCAAAGAGAUGUAUAGUAUGGAGUACGAGUCGAGUUCAAUUGGUCCCCUUCUUGACGUGCUGCGAAGUCUGGAUGAGGAAAGGGUAACUCAACAUUUGCGUGAGAUAAAUUCUAGACUAAAGAAGGAAGAGUACGAUCAUCAGCGGGAUAAUACUGAAGUCGUUAGUCUUAUGUAUGAGGUCAUGAUGUUUCCUGUCCUGCUUGAUGAUCAGUCCUUGGUCAUUGAAUUUGAAUUGUUUAUUGAAGCAGUUGAUAAUAUGCAUGAGCUGACUUUGGCUGGACAUCAACAAUUUCCGGGUGUAUUUGUGUUGCUUUUCUGCAAUAGAAGAGUACGCACCAUUGGUCGGCACUUAGCUCGUUCUAUGGAAAAAUUGAGGAGAGCAACAGAUAUGGAACCUUUCCAGCCUUUGCUGAACAAAUUUAUUGGUUUUCUGGAAACAGAAGCACUACCAUCAGCCACCAAGACUUCAAGGCCAAGAGCGCAGCUGGAUCGCUUAUCUAUAUGGCUUGGAAUAACAUCACUGCUAGAGUUCUUAGAACCUCCUGCUUUUGAAGAAGGCAUACUUGAGCGCUAUCCCAUUUUUUUUGACAUUGUGCUCAACCAUAUAAGUGGUGAUUCAGCUGAAUUUUCUCAUGCGGUAAGCUGUUUGAAAGAACUUUUCAAAAUGCUUGGUUGCAAGCUUUGGCUAAGGUCUACAUUGUCUCCAAGUGUGAUGCGGAACACAUUAUUGGGCCAGUGUUUCCAUACUCGAAAUGAGAAGAUCCAUAAAGAUAUUUUUGAUCUUCUUCCUCCUUUUCUUCAGUCACUUGAGGCUUUGCAAGAUGGGGAACAUGAAAGGCAGCGCAGGCAUUUUCUCUAUUUUCUUCUACAUCAAGUUCCUGUGAGCAGCAACUUCAAUGUUCUGACAAGAAAAUUGGCAUGCAAGAUAGCCCUUCUUAUCAUACACCGAGGCUACAAGAUGAACCCACCAUGCCCCCCAGUUGAAUGUGUGCAUAUGUGGGGUCCUUCACUUGUGUCAUCUUUGAAGGAUUCUUCACUUCAUAGUUCUCUUCGGCAACCAGCUUUUGAUCUUAUACAAACUAUUAUAGUGUCUGAUGCUGCUGCCUUAGUAACUGCAUUGUUGGACUACCGUGCCCCGUUAGAUGUUGGUAGAAACAUUUCAAUUGAGUUUAAUGAUGAUGACAGGCUUCUAUUUUCCUCUGAUGUUGAAGAAAAUGAUAGUAGUUGUUGGAGUGAAUUCAGUGCACAGAGUAAGAUUACUUCUCAAGACUACAAGGACUGGAUGUGUGUUCCCAUGUUAUGGAUAGAUGUUCUGGUUGAUAUUGAUCCAUCUAUCCUUCCAGUAUCAUUUUCAAAGGCUGUUUUCUGGGCCCGAUCUCAUUUAACCAUGAUAGAACCUGAAAACAGUGCAGAAAUGGCACUUGCUGUUAAAACUUGGCUUUCUUCUUCAGUCACAGAACUCUCCACUUCAUUUGGUUGGAAGGUCCCAACUGGUUCUGACGAUGGUGGGGGUGGGAAGGAGUCAAAAAACUCGAUAAGAGUGUCAAUGCUGCAUCUUCCUUUGAUAAGAGCAUUCAACAGGUUGACUGCUCAUUUUGUAGUUCAAGUGGGGCAAGGGGAACUUCGGAAGCAGUGGACAUGGGAACCAUGGAUGGCAGAGAGCUUGAUCCUUUCACUUCUGGAUCCUAAUGAUAGUGUGAGGCAAGUUGGCAAGUGUCUGUUGGAGCAUGUUUCCAGUACACGGGGUCUUGCAUGUGGAUUGAAGUUCCUUUGCUCCAGUGGUUCUUCUUUGUCAGCCAUAUUUUUAGGGUUGAGACAUGCUUUAAAAGUGGUUCAAUUGGAUUCUGUUGUAUCAAAAUUUCACACUUUGCAGCAUUUUUUCUUUAUACUCCGGAAACUAAUAACAGAAGGGGAUUUAGUUUCUGAAAAUUCAUCUGAUAAUUCAGUAGCAAAGAAGUACUCUUCCGAAGGUGGAUUUUUGACACAGCCAAUCUUUGAUUCUUUGCCUGCAAAUGUUGGAGGGCAUUCAACAAGUGAUGACUUAAAAUCACAGGAGAGUUUCCGUUACUUACUGUUAGAAAAUGCAUGGCCAUUAAUUCGAAAGUGUUUGAUAGAAGGGAAAGGAUUUGUAGAUUACAGUCUUUGCCAGAUGACUUGUGUUCGUGUACUUGAAAUCCUCCCUGUUGUUUUUGAGAGACUUUACCCAUCUCUCAUUGAGCAUACUAGGGAUUCUGGAAAAAUUGUGGGAAAUUUAUUGGACUUCAUGUGGCUACAUGAUCUGAUUGACUGGGGGAAAUCAUCACUUAAAGUUGUAAUUGUCUACUGGAAACGAACGGUAACUUCUUUGCUGAAUCUGCUCAAAGGUUCUUGCAGUACUGCAUCUGCAUCGACUUUUAAGGUCAUUGAGAAUCUUAUUUUAUGUGAGAGUGUUAAUGUUGAUCAAUUGACAGAAGAAGUUUCACGCCUUCGUGUUUCAUUAUCUAAGGAAGUUUCUGGUGAUAUGAGGAUGGCCAAAUUAAGACCACAAGCUUCAGUUUCUGCAGAUUUGUCUUUUGUAAGAAGGUAUUCUGCUUCUUACAUGCAGGCUGCCCCUGUGAAGGAUAGUAGCGUGCAAUCCCUGGAUUCUAUGUCAGUAGCUAAUAGAGGGGAAAAAAGUAAAGUGAUUGUUCUUUCGGAUGAUGAAGCUGAAAGACAAAUUUCACCUGCUAAGGUCAUUCUACCUGAUAAUGAAAAUUCAGGUCAUGUUCAAUUAGAUAGCUGGAGAGUGGCUUCUCCAGUUGAUAGAAGUGCUUUAGUAACUGACGCUGCAAAGGAGAAGGUUUCUAGCAUUAGGACUUCAAGGGAUCUAUUGGAUGCCUUUGAACAAAAGGAUGCUUCAGAUAGAUCUGGCCUCACUUCUCAGAAGCAGGAAUUUGAUAAAUUAAGAGACAAAUCACUUUCUUCUCUCAAAUCAAAAGGUGCAGAUGAUAAGAGCAAAGAAGUCAAGUCCAAAGUCGACAUAUAUGAUGCCUUCUCAUCUCAAAAUAAAAUUAAUUUGAAGAACUCCUGUGAUGAGCCUAUGAAUGCUAAAAGUAUGAAUCAAAUUUGCCACAGUAUGGUUUCUGAAACAAGAGAUUCAAUAUUGAAUGAGCUUGUGCAUGAUGCUAAUGCUGAUAUAUCUGAGUCUUCAUUCAAAUCAGUGAGACAGCAGCCCUUGUUUCUGGCAAAGAUUAGUGCUUCUUGUCCAAAAAGGCAAGUCAUCCAACUUAAAACACCUGCUGAUAAUAGAUUUGGAAGUUUACAGAGACUGGAGGCUGGAGUGAAAAGGUUCAAGCCUCCAAGGCUUGAUGCUUGGUAUAAGCCCAUUUUGGAAAUAAAUUACUUUGAAAUAGUGGGUUUGACAUCUGCAAGUGAAGAUGAGACUCAGAUGGUUAGCAAUAGUAAAUUAAAGGAGGUUCCAGUAUGUUUUCAAUCACCAGAACAAUAUGUUGACAUUUUUCGGCCAUUAGUUUUGGAGGAGUUUAAAGCACAGUUGAAUAGUUCCUUCCUAGAUAUGUCUUCAUGGGAGGAGAUGUAUUAUGGCAUUCUAUCUGUGUUGUCAGUUGAGAGGGUUGAUGACUUUCAUCUUGUUCGCUUUGUCCAUGAUGACAAUGAUUUUACAUCACCCAAAAGCUUUGCAGAAAAUGACCUCAUUUUGCUGACAAAAGAGGCUCCGCAAAAUACUUACCAUGAUGUUCAUAUGGUUGGCAAGGUGGAGAGACGUGAGAGAGACAAUAAAAGAAGGGCAAGUAUGCUUCUAAUCAGGUUCUAUUUUCUAAAUGGAUCUUCACGUUUAAAUCAAGCUAGGAGGCAACUUCUUGAACGUAGUAAAUGGCAUGCAAGUCGCAUCAUGAGCAUUACACCUCAACUUCGAGAAUUUCAGGUGCUAUCAUCAAUUAAGGAUAUUCCCAUGCUUUCAGUUAUUCUAAAACCAGUCAAUGAUUCUCUGGAUCAUAAUGAAUUGAGAGAGCUAUCUCUGGGUAAGCUAUCCCAGCCCUUGCAGCAAGCACUGAAGUCAUCCUUUAAUGAGAACCAAUUGCAAGCUAUCAAUGUUGCAAUUGGAUUGCCUAAUUCAAAGAAAGACAUUGAAUUAUCUCUCAUUCAGGGUCCUCCAGGUACUGGGAAGACCCGAACUAUAGUGGCCAUUGUCAGUGGCUUGCUUGCUUCACUACGAGGAACAAAUGAUGCAAAGAAUCGUUUGAAUGGAAAUUCAAAACAAAUUAAUAGUUCAUGCUUGAAUACAAGGCCCAAAGUUAGCCAGUCUGUUGCAAUUGCAAGAGCAUGGCAAGACGCUGCCUUGGCUAGACAGUUAAAUGAGGAUGCAGAGAGAAACGAAAAGUCAGUGGAAGGUUCUGUAAGGAGAAGGGUACUCAUUUGUGCUCAAUCAAAUGCUGCUGUUGAUGAGUUGGUGUCAAGAAUUUCUGGUGGCGGCCUUUAUGGCAGUGAUGGUAAAACGUACAAGCCAUAUAUUGUACGGGUUGGUAAUGCUAAAACAAUUCAUCCAAAUUCACUGCCCUUCUUUAUUGAUACUCUUGUUGAUAAUCACCUUGCUGAAGAGAGGAUGAAUUUGAAUGAUGCUAAAAAUGGUUCAAGUGUAGGCUCUUCUACGGCAUUGCGUUCUAAUCUAGAAAAGUUAGUCGACCAUAUUAGGUUUUAUGAGGCUAAGCGAGCUAACUUACAGGAUGGGAAUUCAGACCUCAAAAAUUCUUUAGAUGAUGGAACAUUGAAAGGGGAUGACUUAAAAGAAAUGUCAGAUGCUGAAUUGGAGGUGAAGCUACGAAAGUUAUAUGAGCGGAAGAAACAAAUUUUUAGAGAUCUUAGCGCUGCUCAGGCACAGGAGAAGAAAACUUAUGAAGAAAUUAAGGCUCUGAAACAUAAGCUGCGGAAGUCUAUACUGAAGGAAGCGGAAAUUGUGGUGACUACAUUAAGUGGGUGCGGUGGUGAUCUCUAUGGAGUCUGCUCUGAAUCUAUAUCAAGUUAUAAAUUUGGGAAUCCAUCUGAGCAUACCCUUUUUGAUGCUGUUGUGAUUGAUGAAGCAGCUCAAGCUCUGGAACCUGCUACUUUGAUUCCUCUACAGCUUUUAAAGUCAUAUGGGACAAAAUGUAUCAUGGUUGGUGACCCAAAGCAGCUUCCUGCAACAGUCCUCUCUAAUGUUGCAAGCAAAUUUCUUUAUGAAUGUAGCAUGUUUGAGCGUUUACAAAGGGCUGGUCAUCCAGUUACCAUGCUUACCAAACAGUAUAGGAUGCACCCAGAGAUUUGCCGGUUUCCCUCCUUGCAUUUUUAUGAUGGUAAACUACUAAAUGGAGAAGAAAUGUCAAGCAAAUCAGCACCAUUUCAUGAGAGUGAGGGUCUUGGCCCUUAUGUAUUCUAUGACAUUAUUGACGGCCAGCAACAUCGUGGUAAGAAUUCUGGUGGAUUUUCCCUCUAUAAUGAGCAUGAAGCUGAAGCUGCUGUCGCAUUAGUCAGAAAUUUCAAGAAGAGGUACCCCUCUCACUUUGAUGGUGGAAAAAUUGGUAUCAUAACUCCAUACAAGAGCCAACUAUCACUUUUGCGUUCUCAUUUUUCUAGUGCAUUUGGGUCUUCCAUUAUAGCUGAUAUGGAGUUUAAUACUGUUGAUGGUUUUCAAGGGCGGGAAGUUGAUAUAUUGAUAUUUUCCACUGUUAGAGCAGCAGAUUCAUGUUCUUAUACAAAUGGAGUCAACUCCAGCAGUAUUGGGUUUAUUGCUGAUGUUAGGCGGAUGAAUGUUGCUUUGACAAGAGCCAAGUUCUCCCUUUGGAUUUUCGGUAAUGCAAGGACUCUGCAAACAAACCAUAACUGGGCUGCCCUGGUAAAAGAUGCUAAAGAGAGAAACUUGAUUAUCUCAGUUAAAAGGCCAUAUGAGUCCUUUAAAACAGCUUUCAGGCAUAACAGUACUACUGAAAAAUCUGAGAAUUAUUCAAGACAGGUGAAGCAUGUUGAAAAUGCUAGAGAUCCUAGCAAGCCUAGCAAACAAAUUGAGCACAGGAUGCAGGCAUCGUUUCACAGGAAUUCCAAAAAAAUCAGUUUUGUGGCUCAAUGCAAUAGGGCAGUUGCAGAAGACAAUGAUAAUACUUUAGGCAAGAAGGAAUAUGUCCAUUGUAGCAUAAGAAAAGCUAGAGAUCAUAAUCUUCCAUCUGUGGAUGCUACUGUUGAGAACAGAAUGUCAAAGAAUGUGAAGUCUGCAACUUCAAGGGAAUAUAUUGGGGAUAGUGAAAGUAAGUGCAAUGACAAAAGUGAGAAAAUUCCUCAUAAGGGUGAGAGGAAAGAUAAAAUGAAUUCAAAGAGUAAUUUAUCCAACUCUGAACAAGAAAUGAGUGAUAGUCGUGAUAACUUGAAAGUGAAUAUGUCAAAAGGACCAAAGAAAUCUUUUAAGCAUAAUAGGAAUUGGGAAAUUUCAACUUCCUCAGCUGGAAGUGGUAUUAAAGAGAGGGAGGGUAAUGUUGGUAGGGCUCCUAAUCAAAUGGGUGCUUCUGAAGAUUUAAUCACAAAAAGGAAACAACAGCGAGAGGCUGUUGAUGCUAUUCUUUACUCAUCUCUCAUUUCUUCCAAGAAGUCGGAACCGUCAAUGAAACCUGUGCCAGCCAAGAGGCCUCUUUCUCCUACUUCAAUUGUAAGUAGUGGUAUUAGACCACCCAAGACAAGGAAAGGUCCAUCCAUACCCUCAAAAGGUGCAUUGCAAGACUAGAGCCAUCACCAACAUACACAUUUCUUUUUUAUUUGGAUACAUUGGAACAUUUGGUAAAAAUCUUGAGAUAUGCGGACUAUGAAGUUAAAAUCUGUUCUAAGGUUUUGGCUUGAUGAAAGCUGAAAGAAGAAGAAAGGUUACUUCUGUUCAGCUUCUCGAUCUCGAAUGAUCAGAGUGCCCAGGAAAUUACAAAUCAGCUUGGCUUUGGUUUUCCCAGUUCACAAUGGCAUAUCCUGCAUAGUAUUAGAAUGCUGGCCUACCAAUCGUGGCACAGAUGAGUUGGGUUUUACCUUUUUUUUUUUUUUUUUUUCUGGAUAAAAUUUAUCAAGUGCUACUUUGGGUUAACGCAUGAAAUCUUAUUCAUACCCUCUUGUUGGGUGCGCUCAGAACGUUGUAAAUAGCAACAAUUUGUUGGUCGUCUGGGAGAAGUCAGCACUCUCAUAAUCACUGUAUAUAGGAUCUUUUUCAUACAAGCAUGCUACGUUUGGGUUGGGUAGGGGGAUAUAAAAGUAAACCUUAUUGCUGGGGGUUGACUAUUUGGAGCUACAAAAGCUACUGAUUACAUUUUUCUAAUACAACUUUUUUGGUCUGACAGUUGAA